CAUUACAUUCCGCACCUUACAACCUGCAGAGCUUGCAAUCGCUUCGCAGGGCCACAAAAAAACAAGCACUGCAAUCACUGGCAGGCUGCAAACCCAAAUCACACACACGCCAUCGCCGCGACAGUACACAAAGAAUGAUGCGCGCCGCGACGACGAUCGCACGCAGACAGGCAAGAACCUUGUCCGCCUUCGCGCCCCAACCACUAGGACCGAAGUCCGCCUCGUUAGUAGCCAGAGAAAGCAAGGUAGGAGCUGAAAAUUAUGCCCCAUUACCGGUAGUGCUAGCGAAGGGCGACGGCUGCCGCGUCUGGGAUGCUGAUGGAGAGGAGUACCUGGAUUUUUUAUCAGCUUAUAGUGCCGUCAACCAAGGCCACUGCCACCCAAAAAUCGUCCAGGCUCUGUCGGACCAGGCGGGCACGCUCGGCUUGACGUCGCGAGCUUUCUACAAUGAUGUGCUCGGGGAGUACUGCGAGUUCAUGACGUCAUUGUUUGGCUACGAGCGCUUGCUGCCCAUGAACAGUGGAGUAGAAGGCUCGGAAACGGCAGUCAAACUCGCACGAAGGUGGGCCUACGACGUCAAGGGCGUGAAAGGCGACGCCGUCGUCAUCAUGGCGGAGAACAAUUUUUGGGGUAGAAGCAUCGCGGCUCUGUCGUCGUCCUCGGACCCGACGUGCAAGGAGGGCUUCGGUCCGUACGCGCCGGGCUUCGACUUGGUGCCCUACGAAGACCUUGCUAAGCUGGAAGCUGCAUUGAAGAAGCACGGUGCGAACGUGGCCGCGGUGAUGCUCGAGCCGAUCCAGGGCGAGGCGGGGGUAGUGGUGCCGCCCGACGACUACUUGCCCGGCGUGAAAGCUCUGUGCGAGAAGUACAAUUGUCUGAUGGUGGCCGACGAGGUCCAGACGGGCAUUGGACGUACUGGUAAAUUACUCGCGGUCGACCACGUUAAUGUCAGACCGGACAUCCUCGUGCUGGGCAAGGCUCUGAGCGGUGGCGCCUAUCCCGUGUCAGCGGUCUUGUGCGAUUCCGAGAUCAUGCUCAACGUGAGACCGGGCGAGCACGGUUCCACCUACGGCGGGAACCCCGUCGCCGCGCGCGUCGCGAUGGCCGCCCUCAACGCGUUGAUCGACGAGGGCAUGGUCGAGAACGCCCAGCGGAUGGGUGAUAUAUUGGACGGGGAGCUCAAGAGGUUGGUCAGUAAGCGGAAGAUCGCCCUCGACACGCGCGGACGGGGCUUACUCCGGGCGUUAAUUAUCGACGACGCCCAGAAGCCCGGGGAAUUGGCCUACGACGUCUGCCUGGCCAUGCGCGACCGCGGGGUGUUGGCCAAGCCGACGCACGGCAACAUCAUUCGUCUCGCGCCUCCUCUCGUGAUCGACGAGGCGCAGCUCGACGCGGCGGUGUCGUCCCUGGAUGAGGCUUUGGCGCUCUGGGACUAAGUAUUUUCUCC